CCUCAAAAGUGAAUCUGUAAUUUUGUACUUGUCAUUUGGACUAAAAGUAGGAUCAUAGAACAGAUAUACCUUUGACCCAAAAUCUAACUUCUAUAUAUCUCUCUUUUGCUUGUUAUUACAAAUCCAACCAACCAACCAAAUUACUUUACAAACAUAAAGGAAUUCACUAUAUAUACUCACUUAAAUCUCCCUCAUAUAGCAUCAAUACCUAAGAAUAACAACAAAGAGGAGAAACAUAAAGUUGUGUAAACAAAAUGAAAAUAUUGUCCUCCAAAGCUUCUUUUCUUUUGUUGAUUAUAACUCUUAUUUUAACAAAUUGCGUGUACUCUGAAGCUCAGAAUUGUCGUCCAAGCGGUAGAAUUAGAGGAAAGAAAGCUCCUCCAGGACAAUGCAAUCAAGAGAAUGAUUCUGAUUGUUGUGUAGAAGGAAAAAUGUACACAACUUAUGUAUGUUCACCAUAUGUGUCCACUCACACCAAAGCAUAUCUCACUCUUAAUAGUUUUGAAAAGGGUGGAGAUGGAGGCGGUCCUUCAGAAUGUGACAAGCAAUAUCAUUCAGAUGACACUCCUGUUGUUGCACUUUCCACCGGAUGGUUCAACCAUAAAAGCAGGUGUCUAAACAACAUUACAAUCAGUGCUAAUGGAAGAAAUGUCGUGGCCAUGGUUGUCGACGAGUGCGAUUCUAGAAAGGGAUGUGAUGAACAGCAUGACUACCAACCACCUUGUACAAACAACAUUGUUGAUGCUUCCAAAGCUGUGUGGAAAGCUUUAGGUGUGCCUAAAGAACAAUGGGGUGGCCUUGACAUUACAUGGUCAGAUGCUUGAAAUUUUUUAGGUUAAAAAUUCAUGUUUGUGUUUCUAUGGUUUAAUUUAGUGAUCAUAUUCUGUACUUUUAUUUUUAUCAUAUGUCUAUGUAUAAUACUUGUUGUUGCCAUUCUGUUAUAAAUUUAGAAAAUACAACACAUACUUUUAUUGAUUGA